AAGAAAGGUUACUUUAUCAUUUCAGGUUUACUAUUCUGGUCAGAAAUUAGUUGGUUUCAUAAUUGGAAACCAACUGAAGAUUGUUUCUCAAGAUGACAGGACUUUUGAAGGUAGGAACGAAAUUUGGCAUAGUUGGAGGAACUAUAUAUUUCAGUAGCAAAUGGGGUGUGUGGGGUGAUAGUUCACACUCUGUUAAAAUUUACAAGGAUUUACAUAGCCUAAUAUCACCUUAUGUGCAAGAUAUUCCAGUAGAGGUUCCAGAAUUGCCUCGUAUAACAGAUAUUACUUCGUCAGCUAAAAAUUAUUGGAACUCCGGUGUUUUGAAGAGUGGUCAUUUUCUCUUAGAGCUUCCAGGAAUUACUUCCAAGUUUGUUAAAGACAACUACUCUUCAUUAGUGAACCAAAUCAACUCGUCUAAUGACAGUUCUUCUACCUAGUGGUUCGUUACAGUUUUGUCAUAGAAGAAAUACAACUAGAUUUUACAUCUGUUUUAUAUAAUUGGCUUCCAAUUAAAAUGAAUCAACUAUUUUUAAUCGUUAUGUUCUAUUCGAAGUAAUAGAUAAUAUUUACUGGUUGUUUGGUGUUUAAAAUCUGUUAUGAAAAUGUUUGGAAGAAUAUUUUUUCAUUUCACAUAUGGACGUUAUUCAAACGGUAAGAUGGAAAGUUAGUAUUUAGACUUGAACAUAUUGUAAAUAUUAAUUAAUAAUUAACUCUUUAGUUAUG